AGGCAAUGUUGAGGUGUGAUCUUGGGUGGAUUGCUCCACGUAGUGCCAAAAAGAGAGAUGCACACGUCAUCAUCUUCACAGACUGUGUGACCCUGACCUCCUCCCAAGCACAUCUCUAUACAUGAGCUUGUUUUGUAUACAGAUAGAGAGAGAGAGAAAGAGACAGAAAGCCACAGAUCUUAGAUUCUACGGACACAGAAAAGGUUUGCAAAUUUUGUUGGUAGAUAGAGAAGGAAAAAGUCAGGUUUUGUAAAGGGAGAUUUAGGCAAAGACUGCACGAUUUAUUACUAUUGUUAUUGUUUGUCUGAGACUAGAAGAGAUGGAGGAGGCAAAGGCGUUGGCUCAACAACACCAACAGCAGCAGCAACAGCAACAACAACAAAUGAUAUUGCAACACCAGCAACAGCAGCAGCAGCAGCAGCAGCAGCAGCAACAGCAACAGAAAUUCCUGCUUUACCAACAGCUUCAAAAACAGCAGCAACAACAGCAACAGCAGCAACAACAAGCGGCGGCCAUUUCUCGUUUCCCAUCAAACAUCGACGCGCACCUGCGUCCGAUCCGACCCACGAAUCUCGCACCAAACCCCAACAAUCCUAACGUCCCCAUCAACAAUAUCCCUAAUUUGCAACAAAACCCUAACAAUCCGGCCACUCAGCAGCAACAAUCGCAGCAGCAACAACAGCAGCAGCAGCAGCAGCAAAAUAGGGCGAUCAGGCCACCAUUAAACCAGACGGAGUUCCAAAUGGCGUACCAGGACGCCUGGAGAGUGUGCCACCCGGACUUCAAGCGCCCCUUCGCUUCACUCGAAGACGCCUGCGAAAGAUUGCUGCCUUAUCAUGUGGUGGCAGACUAUGAAGCAGAAGAGGAUGAUAAGAUCCUCGAUUCUGACACCACAGGCCAGAUGCCCUCUCGAUCCCAACAGUGGGAUCAUAACAUUGCUGCCAAAGUUGCAGAGUUCACAGCAACAUUUGAGAAGCAGGCCCUUGCCUUCAACAUAAUAUCCCGUAAACGAGCUCUGGGGGAAUUUCGAUCUGAAGAGAGAUUGAUGAUUGAGCAGGCUCUUCUCCAAGAGGAGAAGCGAGCCAUCCUGGAAGUAAAAGCAGAGAUAGAAUCCAGAGAGAAGGCUGGUCGUGAGGCUCAUGAAGCUAAAUUGCGAAUGGCAGCCAUGGUUCAGGCAGAGCAAGCUCGAGCUGAAUCACAGGCUCAUGCAGAAAUGAUGGCUCGAGGUGCAAUACGAGCAAGUGCACUUGGGUCCCAGGGCAAUGACGUCGCAAUUGGUCAUGACAUGGGGGAGCAUGAGCAAGGUGGUAAUGUAGAUGAGAUGAUAAAUGGAUGGGGAAACAAUAAUCAGAGGGAUGAGAAGGAACCAUCUGAAGAUUUCUUGAACGAUGAAGAGACUGAAAAUGGAGAAGCAGGCAUGCAGGAUGGGUGGAGAGAAGUUGGGGAAUUUGAUUUGAAUACUAGAUGAACCUUGACUGGGUAGUAGUGGAAAUCACUGCAACAUGCAUUAAACUUUGAAGGUGAAGUGUAUCAGCUAUAUGCAACAUUACUUGGGGUUGAAGUCUUUGCUCAAUCAUGGUAGUUGAUAUAUGGUGAUAUAUUCAGAGGAAUGCAACAUUGAAAUCUUCUGCUCACAGAAAGGAGAAAGGAGGGUGGGGGGCGCAGAGAAAGGUUGCUAUGUGAGAUGAUGUUUAUCUGAGUAG